GUGUAAAAGAGGACUCUUAGUGCAACAUCCUGCAGUAAACUACUCAACCUCCUCCGGUGCAGUCCAGGAAUACGAGGCCGAAGACCAAAGGAAGAUUACUACUGAAUGCUGGUCGUGCUAAACUUAACAACAACAUUGGAAACAUGAACGGCAGCGUGCGCAGGUCUCUGUUUGGCCGGGUGGAUCACGAGCAGCUCCACCGAGAAAUGAAACUCAAGUUCCUUGAAAUAUCUCAGGAAGACUUCCGCCGCUGGAACUUUAACUUUAAGACCGAGACUCCUUUGCCAGGCAGGUUUGAGUGGGAGAAAAUCCCCCCAGACUGCACCGUCGCUCUUCACCACGAGUCUUCCCAGCAGAAGUACACUUCUCCCGUCUUGGCAGCUGAGGACGAGGACGGGCCCGCUGAGACUGAAGAGGACAGGAGCGACCAGGAGAACUGUCCCGGCUUCUCCAACCAGUGUGCCGCCGAAGUGACGCCUGUUCGGAGGAAAAGGAUGCCCCCCAAGGCCAAAGAAAAUGCCCAAAUCACAGGCUUUUUGGUUCAGAGGAAAAAGUCUACAGAAGGCAAACGCAGCAAACUUUUCGCAAGUUACACUGAAGCAGAUAUGUUCAAAGCAAUGAGAUGAGAUCACACUUGUGGUGAAAAGCUACGAUGGUGACACCGUUUCCACUGACCCAGUCGCCAAUCUGUAUCUGGUUCAAUGUUGAUGUUAUAACUGUAUUUUCUUGUUGUUUCAAAUUUAUUUUGUGUUUUCUAUAAUUUAUUUUAUUUAUGUUCUUCUUCUUCUUUUUUUUUAAUGUGAACAUUCUUCGUCUGGAAUUGUCAGCAUAAGUAUUGAAACGUUGUUCCAGUUUGUUCGUUCUCUGACAUCGUUUGCUUUAACAUGUUAACUUGAAGAAAAUAUUAUACCUGUAUUAUUCUGUUGCCGACUGAUAUGUAAUGCAUGUGAGGUUGUAAAUGCUUGCUGAAGUUUUUAAAAACUAUUAUGACAAAAAAUGAAUUACUGUCGGCAGUUGGUUGUUUGAAGAAUGCUCUACUUUGAUUUGAAGAACUACCGGAUUGUUGAUGAACGACCACACUAAAUAAAACACAAGUUAUGUCGAAAUUUCCAUCAA